CUUUGUCCUGCUGGUGCUGCUGCUGGUGUGGUGCUCAGGCAGCGACGACUCAUGGCGGCUGCGCCCGUCAGGCAGCGCCCUGGGCCGGGUGGAUCGCGCGCUCAGCUCCCGCCCUGCUACUACGAAGGCUACCUGGAGAAACGGGGACCCAAGGAGCAGGCACCCACGCGUCUGUGGACCUGUCUCUGUGGGAAUGCCUUGUACUUCUUCAAUAAUGCCAAGGACGCGCAUUAUGCGGAGAAGCUGGACCUGAAUGGGUUUGUUUCCCUGAAGGAUGACUGCAGCCGGGACAAGAACCUGGAAGCAGCCAGACUCAUUCUGCGCAUGAAGGAUGGAGAAACCAAAAUAACAGCCCCCAACUUGGAAUCGAGGGAGCUGUGGAAGGGUUUCCUCUACUCGGUCACAGACCUCAACGUUCCCUCCAGCCUCACCUUGCUGCCUGGCCAGCUGCAGAUGCUGAAGGAGGUGGUGGACAAGGAACGCUCCAGGAGGAGAAGUCGUACUCCAACACGAGCACCACCUUCGCCUCUCUCGGUCCCUCUAGUGGGAGAGAUACCCCCGUGUUUUCGCCCCGUGUCCCGAACAGAGGCCGAAGUCCUCCUGGAGAGACACCCGGACUGUGGCAACAUGCUGCUGCGACCUGGACGGGAUGGAUGCUCCCUGGCCGUCACCACUCGACAGGACCUAAACGGGUCCGUGUUCAGACAUUACCGAGUAACACAGAGGGACCAAGGGGGCUACGUGAUUGAUGUCGAAAAUCCGAUCCCCUGCGCAACGCUUCACGAUGUCAUUGACGCCUUGGUGGAGAAGACCGCCGGAACUCUUCAGCCUUUCCUCCUGGAGGAGCCUUAUGAGGAGAACAUCACCUACGUCUCCGCCAACGACGAGAACGGGGAGAGGAUCCUCCACACCGCGCCCGCCAGCCCCCUGCCCAGAGCGCCGGCGCUGCCCCCCAAGCAAGAUCGCUGGCCCGGCAGCCCCCCGCCCCGGUCCCCCGCCCCGGACCGCCGGAUCCUGACUUCGCCCGUGCCUGCCUCGCCCACCAACCCCAUGAGACGUCUCAUCCUGUCCCCUUCCCCUCUUGCACAAAGCCUCAACGAGGAGCUGAAAAUGAAGCUGGAGAAGAGACGAGCCAGCCAGGAGUGACAUGGGGACCACUCCCCUUCUCACCUUCUCACCUUCUCACCUUCUCACCGCAGCUAGGUAUAUUUCUCCUGUGCCUUGUAAGGUAAACGUACAAAACCCCAAAAGUGGCGAAGUUGUCACCUUGUGUAAAUGGUAAAUAAAAAGAGAAUACAACAAAUCCUUUUCAACUUAUAUUCAAUUGAAUAGACUGCAAAGACCCCGCUACACCAAAAGGGACAAGCGGUAGAAAAUGGAUGGAUGGAUGGACAAAAUAUUUAACGUUUGAACUGGAAAACUUUAUUUUUUGCAAAUAUUAGCUCAUUUGGAAUUGGAUGCCUGCGACAUGUUUCAAAAAAAGCUGGCACGAGUGGCAAAAAAGACUGAGAAUUGAGGAAUGCUCAUCAAAGACUUAUUUGGAACAUCCCACAGGUGAACAGGCAAAUUGGGAACAGGUGGGUGCCAUGAUUGGGUAUAAAAGCAGCUUCCGUGAAAUGCUCGGUCAUUCACAAACAAGGACGGGGGCGAGGGUCACCACUUUGUCGACAAACGCCUGAGCAAAUGGUUUAAGAACGACAUUUCUCCACCAAGCUAUUGCAAGGAAUUUAGGGAUUUCACCAUCUACGCUCCGUAAUAUCAUCAAAAGGUUCAGAUAAUCUGGAGAAAGGUUGAAAACCAACAUUGAAUGCCCGUGACAUUCGAUCCCUCAGGCGGUACCGCAUC